AUGGCACGGACUUGCGAUUCCAGCCGAAGUCACUCCAGCAGAAGUACCACAAUCAGCUCUCGACGCUCCAACGACACUGCACCCACCGAAUACAGUGCCCGCCCCGCAGUGCCACGUACGGGGACCUGCCUCGGCCGCGUAGAGGGGCAUUCACGCGACUACUUCGCGACUGAAGCCACCCUCGACCGACGCACAUCGGUCGACACAUACGCCUCCACGUCCGAGGAAGACCUCGCCCAUGACUUCGACCAUGUCCCCGAAUACCAUGUCCCACAGUAUACCCACGAUCCGCUUCCCGUCGAUGCCAUUCCCACCACCCCUCGUGACUUUGCAGACCUCUUCCCCACAUCGAAGCGCAUAUCCAUCCGUCACGAUGACGCUACAAUCGACGGGAACAUGAAUCUGCGCGUCGAUACCCAAGUGGAGGAACAUAAUCGGAACAAGCAAAGUUACACUCUGUUCCAUUUGCGCAUGCACGACUUGCGCACUCGCGAAUUCUCCUUGCGUCGCUACUGCAGAGACUCCGGCCGCGAGGUCUGCCACUCCAUCCGGAAGUACCAGAAGCCGCCGUCAGAAAAGCGCCCGGUCUUGCAACGUGCGAGCACUGCCCUCGCCAAUUUUCGCCACAAGCCAGAUUCCCGUCCCUCGACGGCGGCAGGCCUCAAGCGCUCCGAUUCUGGUUACGAAUCCGAACAUGGCCUGCAUGUAGAUGAGAAUGAGUCACGGCCCCAAUCGGCAGGCUACGCCAAAGGCCGCGCACUGCUGCCUACCAACACACUCAAAUUGGAAUUCUCAAACUACGCCCACAUCGAUGUGAAGCGCAGAGGUGCCCAUGGUGGCAAACGGUACGUCUUCGAGUACUGGGGUCACAAUUAUGCGUGGAAACGGGUCGUUAAGCAGGAGAAUGAUCACGAGAGCGUCUCCUACUACCUAGUUCGUUCGGACAAUGAAUCGGAACCUUUGGCCCAUAUCAGUCCCGUCCGGUUGACGCAUGACCAAGCACGCGAGGAGGCAGCAAGAGGGGGCUGGAUUCCGCCUUGUUAUAUGCGCAUAACCGACGAAUAUAUCCUAAAGUCGAACAGUGAUAUCUCCGAUGUCGUGGUUGCAACCGGCCUGAUGGCACUCGUCGACGACUGUAUAAAGCGACGUUUCCAUCAGAAACAGUCCACUCAAUUGCACAUACCCCUUAUUCGGAAUAAACUGCAUCUGGAUUACAUUGGCCCAAAGCGGUUGAUCGAUGAGAUGUUCAAUCGUGCCAGCCGCAACGGCCCGCCAACCAGACAGCCGUCUGCGUUACGCCGACCCGCCACGCAGACUUAG